UGGAGGGGCAUAAUUAUAAUUGCACAUUUUAGAUGAGGCCAGCAUAUUUCAGUAUUUCCAGCCUCUUCUUUGUCUCUAUUUUAGUUCUAAAUUAAUUAAGCAUUCUGAGAAUAAUAUCAUUAUCAGCUUUCUUGUUUGAUUCUACUUUGAGCCUUCAUGCCUCAUUUGAGAUUUUAAUAGCUACCCAAUGAUUUCAGGUAUCAGUUCCGCCCUAUGCGUGAGACCGAUUGUCUCCUUUUCAAACACCAUAAGAGGAGUACACAACCAUGGAAGAGUUACUUGUUUGGCUACCUCCAUGUCAUCUACCUCUAUGACUGUGGCAAGAGAUGCUGAGAAAGAUCUGGAAAGCCGAAAAUACGACCUGCUUAAUAUCAUCCAAGAUACUCAACGAGGCCUAGUGACAACUGCUGAUCAACGAUCCACCAUUGAGGAGGCUAUGGUAGUGGUUGAAGGUUUCGAUGCUGGCAAGGAAAUUGACUUGAGUAAGUUGGACGGAACAUGGCGGUUGCAGUAUACAUCUGCACCAGAUGUGGUUGUUCUUUUUGAGUCUGCUGCUAGGCUUCCGUUCCUUCAGGUGGGUCAAAUUUUCCAGAAAUUUGAGUGCCAAAAUGAAUCCGGUGGAGGGUUGGUACGCAAUGUAAUCAAAUGGAGUGUUCCACGCUUAUUAGAGGAGAAUGAAGGUGCUACACUGAUAGUUUCUGCCAAAUUUUCUUGUGUUUCUGCUCGUAACAUCUACCUCAAGUUUGAGGAGAUAAGUCUUCAAAAUAUUAACAUCAGUGAUGAUCUGCAAGCUGUAAUAGCUCCAGCAUUCCUGCCCAGGUCAUUUUUAAGUUUACAGAUACUGCAGUUUAUUCGGACUUUCAAAGCUCAAGUUCCAGUGACCAGUCGUCCAGAGAGGUAUAACGUGAUGUAACCAUAAUCACAAUUGAUUUUCUUACUAGUGGUCUAUUAUAUUCAUGUGAAGAAGGGUCAUGUGCAGGCAGUCUGUGGGGGGCCUCUAUUACCUUUCUUAUUUGGAUAAGAAUAUGCUUUUAGGCCGCGCUGUUGGAGGCGGUGGGGUAUUUAUAUUCACUAGAGCUCAAGCUCUUGCUUGCUAACAGCCAGUUCAAAAACAAAUAGUUUCACCAAUCUCAUCAUGCAUUUGUGGAUUAUCACAUAUACGAAUAACAAAGAUGAAGAACAAAGAGGAGAAGAAAGAAAUUGUGAAGAGAAAUUUGCAUAAAUGGAAUCUUCUGUAAUGUUUCACUUGAUUAUACAAUGAGAGCAUUUAUAAGUAUA